AUCCCCCACAUUAGUUACGAAGCACAUUUGCCCCGCGUCGCCCGAUGGCAACCCCCGCAGAACAGUAUGCGACUCCUCGAGUUUAAAGACGGCGAGUUUUACCUAACCAAGGACUACAUCCAUGGUGUACCCGAGUACGCCAUACUGUCCCACACCUGGGGCGCAGACACCGAAGAGGUCACCUUCCAAGACCUAGUUGAUGGCACGAGCGGGCAUCAGCUCGGUUGGAAAAAGAUCAAGUUCUGCGCAGACCAGGCGAGGCGCGACGGUCUGAGGUACUUCUGGGUGGACAGCUGUUGUAUCAACAAGUCAGACAACAAUGAGCUAUCUAGGGCGAUCAACUCCAUGUUCCGCUGGUAUCAAAAUGCAACCCGAUGCUACGUGUACCUCUCUGGCAUCUCCUCAGCCGGCCUGGUAGGAAGCCAGCGACUUGAUAUCGUCCAAGAGCCAGCCUUUCGUUCUCAUAGGUGGUUCAAUCGUGGUUGGACGCUCCAAGAACUCGUUGCUCCACCAUCAGUUGAGUUCUUCACGCAGGAUGGUCUGCGCCUUGGCGAUAAAGGGACCUUGGAACAGGACAUCUAUCAAAUCACUGGAAUUGCAGUUUCGGCUCUUCGAGGGGCCGCACUUUCCGAGUUCAGCGUCGAGGAGCGGUUUAAAUGGGCCGAGAACAGGCAGACUACUCAUGAAGAGGACUGGGCUUACUGUCUUCUGGGCAUUUUUGGUGUUUUCAUGCCACUCAUAUAUGGCGAAGGGAAAGCACACGCAGUCCGCCGGCUCAAGAAGGAGAUCUUCGAUGCCGCAAACCAGGCCGAUACGGCGCCGCAUUCGCAAGCCUCAGAGCCCAAGAUGUCCUCGGGCCCCCGAACCGUCGCCGCCAUCUCCUCCGACGGCCUCCGCGUCCACCGCUGGGACGGCCGGCAGUGGGCGCCGAUCGGCAACGCGACCACCACCCUUUAUGGCGGCGGCUUCACCCUGCUAGGGAUCAACCCGGCCAGCAACGACGUGUCCACCUGGGCAAAAGGCAGCAACUGGAUUAAGCUGGGCGGGCCGGGCGCCAAGUUCGUCGUGACGGCCAUCUCAGUCUACGGCAUCACGCCCGACUACGGGGCCGUCUACAAGUGGAACAACGAUGGCACCGACUGGAAAAGGAUUGGCGGGCCCGCCCGCGACCUGCUGGGUGGUGGGUACAACGCCCUGUUUGGCAUCAGCCCCGACGGCGGCGACAUCUACCACUGGAUCUCAAACGACCGCUGGGAGAAGGUGGGCGGCCCCGGCGCCGAAUUUGCUGUCGACGGCCAGGGCCAGCUCUACGGCAUUACGCCCGAGAAGGACGCCGUGAACAAGUGGACGGGCACGGGGCAGAACUGGACAAAGUUGGGCGGGCCGGCCUCGCGCAUUUUUGCUGGGGGAUUAGGGGUCUUUGCGCUGGACCCUAGCGGGUCCGAGAUCUGGCGAUACACGGGCGUGGGGGAGGCUUGGGAGAAGGUUGGCGGGCCCGGAGUAGAUUUUGCCGUCACGGAUGAUGGCUUGUUUGGGCUGGAUAGCGCCGGGGAGAUCUGGAAGUGGGAGAGCGGACAGAUCUGGACGAACCUCGGCGCUCCUCGUUCGAGACAGAUUGUCGCUUCUGCUUGAACUGCAGGCUACACUUUUGGGAUGUGGUUGAGGGUUGGGGAGGUUUCAGGCCCAAAGAUCACAUGAGCUGGGCGUCGAGGCGGCAGACUACCCGGCCCGAGGACAUUGCCUACUGUCUGAUGGGCAUCUUCAACGUCAACAUGUCCAUGCUAUACGGGGAGGGCGGCACCAAGGCCUUUAUCCGCCUGCAGGAGGGGAUUCUGCGCGAGUCGGACGACCAGACCAUCCUAGCCUGGAGGAACGCCGAUCCCGAAGUAUCGUGGAGAACAUUUUACG